AUGGGAAUGUCUCGGUGCUAUUCGCUAAUGAAAUGUUUGCUGAUACUGUUCAAUAUUAUAUUUUUGCAUGUGUAUGCUGUAAUUGAGAGAAACAUCGUGUGGUUGCAGUGCGUGGGCAGUAGCGCGUGCGGGUUCGCAGCAUGGGCGCUGUGGGACGGGCGCGGCAACGAGAGCUCGGCCGCGCGCGCCGGCCUGCUGGCCGUGGCCGCGUGGGGCGCGGCGCUGGCGCUGGGCGCGCUGGCCGCGCUGUGCGGGGCGGUGCGCAGCUCGGCGCCGCUGCUGGCGGCCGCGUUCUCGCUGCUGGCGCUGACGGCCGUGGCCGAGGCGGCCGCGGCCUGGUGGGGCGCCGCGCACCGCCCCGAGCUGCGCCGCGCGCUGCACGACGCGCUCGACCACACGGUGCGCCACGAGUACGGCGUGCUGCCCUCGCGCACUCAACUGCUUGACGUCAUACAACAGGGGCUGGAGUGUUGCGGCGCGGCGGGCCCGCGCGACUGGCAGCACUCGGCGUGGGCGCGGGCUGCGGCCGGCGCGCCGCCCGCCGCCGCCGCCGAGGCCGCGCUGGACCUGUCGGUGGCCGCGCCCGCCCUCUACUACUGGGUGCCGCCCUCCUGCUGCGUGCCCUCUCUCGAUGCCGAGGCGUGCGAGGCGGCGCGGCGCGUGGCGGGCGCCAGCGCGGGCGGCGCCGGGCUGCAGGGCGCCGCCUGCGGGCCGCGCCUGCUGGCGGCGCUGGCCCGGCUGGCGCGCGCGCCGCUGGCGCUGGGCGCGGCGCUGCUGGCGCUGCACGCCGCCGCGCUGCCGCUGGCCGCCGCGCUGUGGCUGCGGGCCCACCCGCGCCCCGCGUACAAGGCCUAGGCCGGCCUACAGCCGCCGCCGCCGCCGCCAUGGAGCUUAACCAAAUGUGUGUAGCGUGUAAGUGUGUGUUGUACUGCGCCGUGGCUAGUCGCUCCUGCCGAGCUCGCUCGCUCCAUGUAAAUACAACUAAUUCCUCAGAUACUUAUAUGCAAUAACACUGAAAAUAUUAACUUAACACAACAACAGCGAGAUAAUCAAAGUACAACAACGAAAUAUUGGAAAUGUAUGACAAAACAUUACAUAAUGAAGUACCCCGCGACCAUGGCUCCGCCGGUCGACUAACCACAGCGCUGUUUGAUAUGAUAUAUUGAUAUUUAUGUACAAGUAGCCGUGUGUCCGUGUGUCCGUCUGUCCGCACUGCGUGACAGUUGUCGCAAUACUCAGAUGUAUAAUGCCAUGAUCUCUAUCACUGCCAAUAUUGACACAACACUAUAAGACUUUUAAGUUGAGACUGAUUUUAUUUUCUUUACAUUUUUAUUAGAAGUUAAGUUGAAACCCAGUACAAAUAUUUAAUUUCCCACGAGAACCCUAUGAUAGUACUAAUAAUGAAUGUAUAUCUAACAUUAGCUAUUUAUUGUUUUGACUGAUGUUUAGUUAAGUAUGUAGUGCACGUAUCGCGCCGGGACUCGCUCUCAGCUAAACUAAUUCUGAACUUGUCGGUUUUAUAUUCGGUUUGUUCGCACAAACUUUAAUAUUACAAUAAGAUAAACAAAUGUUCAGCCUAUAGAAUUGUAUAAGUUUCAUAUUGUACGAGUGACUGCCUUCAAUACUUUGUAUCUGCAAGAGGAUCAGUUGAGGAUCUCCGAGGACUGCAAGCCUCUCCCGUCUAAGGAUCACACCGGAGAACCUUGUCAUAUUGACGGAAACUAGUUUUAUGCAAUACAAACGUAAUCUGACUAGCAUCGUCGUUUAGUUCAGUGGUACUACGCUUUGCAAUACAAAACGUACUACACAGAGGUAUAGUUAACCCCGGGAAGCGCACAACAUGCACCAUGUAGCCGCUCUUAAUGUUUUUAUGGAUUCAUCCACUUCCAGUACAAUACGCUGCUGCGUAUAAUUUUAAUGUAAAGUAAUGUCUUCACUCACACCCACACCAUGACAUAUAUACAUGUGUAUACUAUUGUGGAAGAUAUAAUGUAUGUAGCUACUCAGCAAUUAUGUAAUAAUUAAUUAGUUGUUAAUUAAUUAACAUACGUUCAAUACGGGUCUGGUAGUACCACUAGAUCAAAAGAUGAGCGGGUCAUGUCAGAAUGUACAAAUAUGUAAUUGAAUAAAGUGAAGUGCCUGUCCGUCGGUCGCUAUUCUUUAUAACAUUAUUUUAUAUUAAUUGUAGUUGUGUAUGUGCUUGGUAGCUGAUGUAUGUCCGUGGGCUGCGGUACAUCCCGACUUAGAAUGCCACUGCCUCCACUGGGAGAGUCUGCAAUACUGCAUCUAUCAAUAUAAACGCCUAAGUCGGUGGUAGAGCAGCCCGCCACCUGGUGCCAUUUAGAGUAAACUUUAGAGAGUAACUUAACCUGGAUGUACACUAACACUAGUAAUGUAACAAUAAACGUGUCAUUGAGUAGUUGCUGCUUGUUAUUUACU